AUGGCUGUCAACAUCACGAUAUACUCAUGCCAGCAAAGUGAAACUGGUAACUUCGUGGUCGCUUUGGUGUUCCUUGCGAUACCUUUUCACGUAAUGAUACUGUUCACACUGGCAAGAGAUGCCCAGCUUUGUUUGCCACGACACAAAAUACUGCUCUGUCUUUCGAUAUCCCAUGGGUUAAUGAUUACAGUUACUUUUACCUGCAUAGCAAUAAUGAAACUUUUUGUCCUCACUACAAACGGUGGGACGUGUUUGGUUCUGCGGAAAAUUGUUCAAUUUAAUGCUGCAGCAACUAUGGUGGUAUCGAGCCUUACCCUUAUUACAUUAUCUGUCGAGCGCUAUGUUGCAUGUAUCCACGGGCUUCGUCUUCACGACAUAUUUACAGACCAAAGAAUCAUCAUCAUUCUGUCUGGUACUUGGUUCAUCGGCAUUUCUUGCGGAAUCUUCAUUUCAGUUACUAGCAGAACGUCAGAUUCAAAAAAGGCAAUUCUUGGUGACAGUGAUAAUGUGAAAAUUCUUGCCUCGGCAGUGGCACUUCCAACUUCUUUGCUGCUACUUGCGGUCCAGACACGUUUAUUUCUGGUGAGUCGGGCAAAGAUAAAGGCUUCGGAGCAAACAGAAAGCGCUUUUGUGCAAGUAGAUCAUAGGGACUCACGAAAAAGGCAAAUGAAGGUGGCUAUCGUUGCUGGUAUGGUGGUGUUGUCUUACGCAAUCUGUUCCAUACCAGCUUCCUGUAUGGUGAUUGUUGACCAAAUGUCGAACGGAACCAAAUAUCCUACGCUGAACAAAAGUGUCGUAGUUUUGUGGAUGACAAAUACGCUUCUGGACCCGUUUAUAUAUGGCAUUGGGAUGCAAGAUAUGAGAAGUGCGCUUCGCAGACAGCUUAGAAAGAUUCGUUUAGCAAUGAGGUGCAACAAUAGUGUAGCAGUAGAAUGA